AUGCCAUCUCUUAUCGAUUACAGCCCGGCUGCGCUGCGGUCGUUGCUCCGGCCGUCCACCGAUGAGCGUCGGGCGAAGCUGUCCGGGGCGGCGGCGGGGGCGGGGGCCGGGGCCGGGGCCGGCGGCGUCUUGGGGCUCUUCAAGAUGUUCAAGCUCCUGCCCGUGCUCACCACGGGCAGCAAGAUGGCCGCGAUGCUGGGGCGGCACCACAAUAACCGGCCGGCCCUCCUGGCCGACCACGCGCCGACGGUGACGCUGUUCGGGCACCGGCGCGGGCGGCUGAGCCUGGCCAUCCACGAGGACACGCGGGCCCCGCCGGCGUUCCUCAUCGAGCUGCCCAUGCUGGCGGCCGCGCUGCACCGGGAGAUGGCCACGGGCACCGUGCGGCUGGCGCUCGAGAGCGACACCGCCCGCGGCGGCGUGGGUUCAAGGCGGCGGCGGCGCCCGCUGCUGGAGGAGUACGUCUGGGCGGUCUACUGCAACGGGCGCAGCGCCGGGUACGCCAUCCGCCGGAAGGACGCGUCCGACGACGAGCGCCACGUCCUGCGCCUGCUCCGCGGCGUGUCCAUGGGCGCCGGGGUGCUGCCGCCGCCGCCCGACGAGAGGGCGGGAGCGGCAGCGGCAGCGGCAGCACGCGCCACGCCCAGCAGCGCUUGCCCCGAUGGCGAGCUCACCUACAUGCGCGCCCGCGUGGAACGCGUCGUCGGGUCCAAGGACUCUGAGGCGUUCUACAUGAUCAACCCCGACGAUGGCAGCGCCAACGCCGCCGCCCGUGGCGGCGAUAGCGCGCCGGAGCUGAGCGUUUUCUUUGUGAGGAACAAGUGA